CAAUAGUAUUUCGUCGCCCCGGGUUGCCAGAGAUGGCGGUUGACACAGUUGCAGCCAUGGAAGCCAGCAAACGAACCGAGUCAGAGAUCGCAGAUUCUACUCGACCUAAAAAGCCUCGACAUCCAUCUAAAAAGCUCUAUGACCUGAAGUACAACAGAAAGCGGAUAAAUAUUGGAGAUGCGUUUGAGAGAUGGAAACAGCUUAAAGCUCAGAAAGAUUUUAAAACGCAUGCAGAGUUGGCUGAUUUUCUCCUGGAUAGAUACGAGGGUCUAAGCACCUCCACCCCUGGUAAAAGACAUAAGCGUUACGUGAAGGCUCCUGCACAGUCCAACAGUGAAUGUCCAUCAAGUGGGAGACUCUCAGACAGUUAUGGAACAGAUGAUGAGGAGGAAGAAGAGAAAACUGAAGGCGAUGACAGCCAAGAUGAUGAAUUUGUUCCUUGUCUUUAUACACGGAAGGGUGGAGCGCUGCAUGCACCGCCAUGCACUGACAGUCUGCCGAAAAUCAGACUGGAUGAGACUAUCGACAUAGACAUCGAGCCUCCAUCCACUCAACCGCCCGUCUUUCCCUCUCCACCUGAGGUCUUCACUGAGGACGACCUAACAGGAAAACAUGCAUCCAUCUCCUAUGAAGAAUGUCUAAAGCAGCUAGCAACGUUCCUCAUGCUGCCAGUGCAAAAGUGCCCAUACAGGUGCACUGUCAGUCAUGUGGAGUGCCAAUGCCGUCCCCCCUUUGAGGUCUCCAUCACAUCCAGGGGUACAGCAAGCAUAAUGCAAUGGACCUGUCCCAAUGGCCAUGUUGUGUGGAGGUGGAGCUCGCAGCCUACAGUGAAAUGCGGGAUACAAGCGGGGGAUUUCAUGUUGGCCACUAACAUCUUGCUUUCUGGGAGCAACUAUUCCAGCAUGGGUAUGAAGAGCGACGCGAGGUUGGCAUGUCUUCUGUUGGACAGGGAAAUGGCAGAAUCUGAAGACAUGCUGUCAGCAGAAGAAUCCGCAGACAGGUGCACAUUUCGGUUCCCCAGUACAAACAUCAAAAUCACGUUCACGGCACUGGCGAGCGUCAAGCGUGAGAAGAGGGAACCCGAGUCUCCGGUGAAAGCAGUUCAGCCACAGAUUUCCCCUUUAACCAUCAACAUUCCCGAUAACAUCGCUCACCUCAUGAGCCCCUUGCCCUCGCCCACCGGCACCAUCAGCGCUGCUAACUCGUGCCCGUCCAGUCCACGUGGUGCGGGAUCGUCCGGCUACAGGCUGGGCCGAAUCGUGCCUGACCUGCAGCUCAUGAAUGAUAACUCUCAGUCCGAGAACGACAAAGAAGCGUCAGAAGGAGACAGUCCAAAGGAUGACUCCAAGCCUCCGUACUCGUACGCUCAGUUGAUCGUCCAGGCGAUCACAAUGGCGCAGGACAAGCAGUUAACACUAAACGGCAUCUACACACACAUCACCAAGAACUACCCGUACUACAGGACGGCAGACAAGGGCUGGCAGAACUCAAUUCGUCACAACCUGUCCCUGAAUCGGUACUUCAUCAAAGUCCCACGCUCACAGGAAGAGCCGGGCAAGGGUUCGUUUUGGAGGAUAGACCCGUCAUCCGAGAGCAAACUCGUGGAGCAGGCCUUCAGGAAACGCAGGCCGCGGGGCGUCCCCUGCUUCAGGACCCCACUGGGACCCCUCUCAUCCAGGAGCGCCCCGGCUUCGCCCAAUCACUCAGGCGUUCUCUCCGCCCACUCCAGCGGUGUCCAGACUCCUGACAGCCUAUCACGCGAAGGCUCACCUGUUCCCAUGGAGUCGGAGCCCGUCUCUGCUCCGCCCCCUGCUCCUGCUGCUGCUGUCCAACCCAAACUAGCUGUGAUUCAAGAGGCCCGUUUUACCCAGAACACCUCAGUGUCUCCCAUCACCACCCAGCCGGUUCUGAUCGCGGUCCAGCGUCCGCUAACGCAGACGAUCAAACCUGUCACGUACACUGUGGCCACCCCUGUCACGUCCUCCACGUCUGCGCAGCCGCUGAUGCAGACGGUGCACGUGGUGCAUCAGAUCCCUGCGGUGGCCGUCAGUGCCGUGAGCGGACCCAACCUGCAGCCCGCCAUCAAAGCAGAACCGCUGGAGAACGGAGAGUACGAGGAGGUCAAAGUGAAGGUAGAGUCGGUUCCUGGCAUCGCUCACGGCUCUAUAGGCUCAGCCAAUAGGGUCAUUCAGAGCAGCACCGCAGCCACACCCCUUCAAACGGUUACCAUUGUGCAACAAGCCCCAUUGGGCCAGCACCAACUGCCAAUCAAAGCCAUCACCCAAAAUGGCACUCAUGUAAUGCCCAUUGCCACGGCAAUACAGAGCCAGGCUAACUCAGUGUCGAGUCCAUUACACAUGUUGGCCGCUCAUGCCUCUGCGUCCGCCUCUCUCCCCACGAAGCGGCAGAACGGUGAAAAAGCGAGCGAGUCGCCGGAGAGCAAACGAUUGAAAACUGAGGACGAAGAACAGAAAAUCGCCUCCAACCCGAACGGAACCGCUGCGGACACAGACUCCACCAACCAACACGGCAACCACAACUAGUUACCCAUUAAACACCACCACCACUUUCCCUCCUUCUGUUUUUCUUUUUUUUUUUUUUUUUUUUUUUUUUUCCUUUUGCUCGUUCUCUCAUCACGGUUUCUCUUCCAUCCAGCUCACGGUGCCAAAACUGAAGGCUUUCAGGCUGGACAACCGCUUUUAACCGUUUCAAGCGAAGCAAAAAUUUAUUCCAAUGUCAAAAAAGAAAACCAAACGCAUAAAAUACCGUCCGUUACUGUUGUAAUAUGUUUUUUUCCGCAGCAACCAGCUGCCUCUUUUUUCCGUUUAAUGACUCGAGCCUGAUUGAACAAGAACUCGCACCUUGAAACACAAGAGCAACUGCCAUCUGGUCCAUAACUGGGCGUUUUAUUACAGACUUUCACAGGCUCUGCAGAUGUUGUCCGAUUGGAGGCGUUUGAUUGGCUUGGAUUCUGCUCUGUGAUAUUUAGCAACUCACGGCCAAAAUCGGAAGCAAAAAAAUGCACUCUGUCCCGGAUGUUUUGUGAUGUGCGAUGCCCUCCGGAUGCGCAGAUGUUGAUCCUAUCUGGACCGUCGGAACCCGAAAGAUUCUAGAACCUCCGGAUCCCUUGUGUUGUUCACAGUAGACUGAGAAUUCCAGAACUCCCGCUUGUGGAAUCUGGAUCUCUGACAGCGGAACAUGGGCUUCGAUCCAACAUUCCAUAGUUUGGCAUUCAGAUUGUGGAGGGUGAAAAGCCAAGAGGAUGUCCUGGAAUGGAAUUACACACCAUGAACCACAAAUAGGUUGUUGUUUUGUUCUUUUUCUUUUUUAUAGUGCAUACUAGGGCUGUAUGUGGAGACUGUCUUCAGCCAAAGGGAUCAAAAUAUUCCAAAACACAUCAGAUAUUCCUAAACUUUCGGCAGCUAGCCUGACAGCAUCCCCUACAAUCCCCUGCAGUCGUCGUAGUGGAUAAUAUGCAGUAUUUUGUCGUUCAUACGUGGAGCGUAGGAUCUGGGCGUGUUUUCAUUUAUAGAGACGUUUUAAAAAGUAAUAACAAUAACGAUAUAUAAGCAGCAGCAUAUGAGCAGAAGAGGACGUGGGACGUCUGGACUGUGUCUCUUUUCUGUUCUGUGAAACUAAGCGUAGAUUCUUUUCUAAGAUGGAGAAAAAUGUAUUAAUGGAGUAUUUCCUUCCUAUGUUUUUCCUUUCUGUUUAUUUUUAAAUCCGGCUUUGUGACACCGACAUAUUUUCAUACUUGCACAAAUGCUCGAGUGGACAUGUCAUUUCCAUGUGUAGUUGAACUGUUUUCAUCCAGCUUGCAUGUAACGGACUAGACAAACAUACCUGAUCUGUCGAUUUCAACAAUACGGGAGAAAAAAGAGAAAAAAAAAAACAAGAACCUGCUUUGAAUCUGACAAGAUCUGCACUUGAUUAGUUUUUUUUUUUUUUUUUUACUUUUCCCCCUGUUUUCUUUGUUUUGUUCCCUUUUCUUUUUAGGCUGUAUUGGUGUAGGCCGAUUGUGUCUGCUUAAUAAUUUGAUUCUGGUCAGGCCCGUGAGUCUGACUGAUUAUAUAUGUUUCAAACAAAAGCAAAAAAAAAAAAAAAUAUGAUUGAUGUUUGUUCUGCUUCAGUGGGUCAAUGCUUUUUUUUUUAUAAAUUAAUUUAAAACCUUA